AUUUGGUAGGAGGUUCCUUGUCUGGCACACGCCUUGGCAGCACAGAGCUAUCUGAUCUCAGAGGCAAUCAGACAAUCAGACACUGGCUGGAUUGCAGGAAGCUGCCCUCCGGCAGUCAAGUCCUAACUCUGAGAAGGGCUCAGAUCCCUGACGUCUCAGGGGCAGUGUGCAGCCAGGCACAGCACAGGAGCACCAGGGGGCAGAGUGGGUGGUGGUGUGUUCCUGGAGAUAAAUACAUUCUUUCCCUAGUUUGGUUUUCCUAGACAGUCAGCUAGGGGGAGUGAAGGAUGCAGUUUUGGAGAUGAGUGCCACCAAGGAGGACAGCCGGUGUCAGAAGGCAGUUCGGAUUGUCACCGACCUGUGCCGGAAGAAAAGCCUGCCCAGCCUGGAUUUGGACACCUGCAGGGGGUUCCUCCUCCUGCCUUCAGACCAGAGCCUGAGUAUCUCGGAGCCAGAAAGACACCAAGCUAAUGAGCACUCCGGGCUCCCAGGCUGUGCUGAAGGACAGGGUUCAUCCCAUCUCCUGGGCACCCCUCCUGGAAAAGACCCACAAGAUGGAAUAGAGAAUGGAAACCUUCCCACAGAGCUCUCCAUCAGCCUCCUUGCAGUGAUAGUUAUUGUGUGUGGCCUCGCCUUGGUGGCAGUUUUUCUCUUUCUCUUUUGGAAGCUGUGCUGGGUGCCCUGGAGGAACAAGGCCAUUUCUUCUAACGUCUCCCAGAGCGAGGCGGCCUGCAACCAGGAGACCAUGGCAGACAAGCUAAAGGACACCGGCGCACUUGGCUUCCUGGAGGCAGCUGUGAAGAUCAGCCACACCUCGCCGGAUAUCCCAGCCGAGGUCCAGAUGUCCAUGAAAGACCAUAUCAUGCGGCACGCACGGCUACAGAGGCAAACGACAGAGCCGGCAUCGUCCACCAGGCACAUUUCCUUCAAGAGGCACCUGCCUCGGCAGAUGCACGUGUCCAGCAUGGACUAUGGCACAGACCCACCCCCUGAGGCUGAGCAGCCAACCAGCAUCGGCAGGAUUAAACCAGAGCUUUAUAAGCAAAAGUCUGUGGACUCUGAGGACCCGAAGAAGGAGGCGGCAAAAACCUGUGGGAAAAUAAACUUCACCCUCAAAUAUGACUAUGAGAACGAGAUGCUGAUUGUGCGGAUCCUCAAGGCCUUUGACCUGCCGGCCAAGGAUUUCUGCGGCAGCUCAGACCCCUACGUCAAGAUCUACCUCCUGCCCGACAGGAAGCGCAAGUUCCAGACACGAGUCCACAGGAAGACUCUGAACCCCACCUUUGAUGAGUCCUUCCACUUCCCUGUGCCCUAUGAGGAGCUGACUAGCAGGAAACUUCACCUGAGUGUCUUCGACUUCGACAGGUUCUCCAGGCAUGACAUGAUAGGGGAGGUUAUCUUGGAGAACCUGUUUGAGGCCUCGGACAUUUCCCGGGAAACCUCCAUCUGGAAGGACAUUCAGUACGCGACAACUGAAAGCGUGGACCUGGGAGAGAUCAUGUUUUCCCUUUGUUAUUUGCCAACUGCAGGUCGCCUCACCUUAACAGUAAUUAAAUGCAGGAAUCUUAAAGCUAUGGAUAUUACUGGCUACUCAGAUCCAUAUGUCAAGGUGUCUCUGCUUUGUGAUGGGCGGAGGCUGAAAAAGAAGAAAACCACCAUUAAGAAAAACACUCUUAAUCCUACCUACAAUGAGGCGAUAAUCUUCGACAUUCCCCCAGAGAACAUGGAUCAAGUUAGCCUUCUUAUCUCCGUCAUGGAUUAUGAUAGAGUUGGUCAUAAUGAGAUCAUUGGAGGUUGCCGUGUGGGGAUCAAUGCCGAGGGACUGGGCCGAGACCACUGGAACGAGAUGUUGGCAUACCCUCGCAAACCAAUCGCACACUGGCACCCAUUAGUGGAGGUGAAGAAAUCCUUCAAAGAGUGGCAAGGCCGAGCAGCAAGCUUCGACAGCCAAGGCUCGUGUCCAUCUCCUAAGCCACCUCCCACACCAUGAGCCACCGAAGCCGUGGACUAGAAUGGGACUAAACAAAGUUCUUUUGCACUUGUCCUACACAGUCUGAACAACUUAUUGCUGAGUGGCACCAGCGAGGCACUCCAGGCCUAGUUGUUCCAAUGUAGGUAAAGGCAGAAGAAACGCUUUGUGGUCAAAUUUGUCUUGGUUUGUUACGUCUCCCAAGGUGAUGUUUGUGGCUUUCAUUUUAUGGAUCUGCUGUCAGAGGAAGAAGAUGGAACAAAACAUGAGCUGGAAGGCUGGUCUGUAAAAUAACCUGUAAAAUGCUGGACCAGUAGCAGAGACCUUCUCAGCCUCUCUGAACACCGAUGACAUGCCCCGGGGAAGAGGCAUGGGGAGAAGCAUGCGGCUGCAUUUUCUGCCUCUGAUUGGAACUGUAUAAAUAGAAGCCUUGAUUAGACUUCAUGUGACCAGUUCUUUAUUAUUGUGAUCAAUCUGAAUUCAGCCACAUGUUUACAGGUUUCUUAUUCAUGUAGAAAUGUUCAUGAGCCUUUCAAAGUUUGUGCCGUGUGUACCCCAAACUUCCUUCUGUGACGUAUUAAAGAUUUGUUGAUUCCUCAGGGAAAAUGAUCCAUUCUCUGUAUCUGUAUUCUCCCUAGGGCUAUUUGCAUGAACAGUUACGAUCCUGUCUGCACCUGCUGCUCAUUCCUCUGUGGCAUCACUUGUCUGAUAUGGAGUGAAGAGGACUGUAUUGACACAAGCAGGGUUCCGAUGUGAGGUGGGAAAUGGGUUAUAGGAGCAGGUGAAAGUCUUGCAUGAACACUAGAUCUUUAUUUUAUAAAUAGUCCUAGUAGUACAGCGUGAGAGAAUACAGGGGAGCACAAAACAUAUAAACAAGUGGGGGAGGGGGGGUUAAAAAAAUUUUUUAAAGCUUUUAAACUAGGGCUGUCAAACAAUUUAAAAAAAAUCACAAUUCAUCAUGAGUUUAAAAAAAAAGUUGUGAAUAACUGCAAUUUUAAUUGCACUGUUAAACAAUACUAGAAUGCCAAUUGAAAUUCAGUAUGGAAGCAUGUCCUCUGGAAUGGUGGUGAAGCACAAACAGGUAUACAAAUGUGUAGCAUAUCGGGCACGUAAAUAUCUUGCAAUGUUACCUACAACAGUGCCAUGUGAAUCCCUGUUCUCACUUUCUGGUGACAAUGCUGCUUGCUUCUUAUUUACAAUCUCUCCUGUAAA